GUCAUCUGAACAGCCUACCUCGAAGAACCGCCUUCGGCGUAACAUGAGCUGGGCCAUUUUGUGCAGUGGAGGUACCUACACUCAAGCAAAAGAGCUCUUUUCCUUCCUAAACAUGCCGUUCAUGUCGCGUGAUGCAUUCGCCAAAGAUGAAAUUGCUAUGGACAGCGUUCUUCAAGUUGCUUUGGAUGAGUCCUUAGACCGGGCCGUCGAAGCAGAAAAAGCAGCUGUAUUGGAAGAAAUGGCACAAAAAGGAACAACCCCUCCAACUGAAAAGUAUGUUAAAUCAUGCGCAGCUUUAGAUGGCUCGUGGGGACAGCGCAGCAACGGCCAUCGAUACAAUUCUGCGUCUGGAUGCGCUGCUAUUAUUGCAACACGUACUAAAAAAGUGUGUUAUGUCGGAUGUAAAAACAAGCGAUGCAUUGCUUGCAACAUCAAUAUGACCAGGGUGAAGAACAACCAGCCUAUACGAGAACACAAGUGCUACCGAAAUUAUAAAGGUGCUUCCGGAGGGAUGGAGCCGGCCAUUAUUAUCGAUGGUUUUGAGGUUCUUAGGCAUAAAGGAUUGAAAUUCACUACAGUAGUAACUGAUGGUGAUUCCACCACAGUCGCUCGCUUGAAGAACAGUUGCAAAUAUGGACCCGAAAUACGUCAUCAGUUGUGCUGCAACCACGUUAUGAAGAAUUUAGGGAAAAAGUUGCGAGAGGCGAGGAAUAAACCUGGUUAUUGUCGUCGAAAAGUCACACAAUGCAUCGAAGUAGAGCAUGAUUAUGGCGAAGAAGCAGUAACCGCUAUGGAAGAGUCGGAAGAUGUAACUCACGAUUGUACCACGAUUGAAUCCAAAUAUAAGGUAACGGAAGCCACAAGAGAACAAUUGAGUUCCAGUACAUCGAUAACAGACAUGGAGGAAAUAACUAUGGGACGGAUCCUUACGAAGUUUGUUCCGGAGAUCAUAGGCUGUAAGGAGUCUAAUAAAUGGAAGAAAUGCGAUAUGAUUUUACAAGCCACGACGACAUGGAAUUAUCUGAAAAGUAAAAGAGCUAUAGUGGGACUUGUACUCCGUUCGUUGAAGGAACAGCAUGGUGUAAAUAUGGGAGAAUGCAAAAUGUUUGUCGAUACAUGUCACCAAUAUCUAUGUUGUGUGGCGGACGCUAUUUCUGAGGAUGGCACUACUGUUCUUCUGAUAAAGAAACAUGACACUAAGGAAACAGUUUUAAAAACGAUUCAGAAGUGUUCGAAUAAAUUUGGAUGCAGAAUGAAGGAUGGAAAACUAGUAAUCGGGAAGAAUUUGAACAUUGAGGUGCAAUCUUUACUACAUACCGCAAAAAUUAAAAAAUGUUUAAUUUGUUUCGUGAAUGGAAGUGAUCAUAUGGAUAAUAUCCAAAGUAUGGUUGAAUAUGAUGACGAUUUUUUUCAAAAACAUGUUGUAGAAAAAAUCGCAGAAUUUUUCAAACUUUUUCUGAGUAAAAAAGUUGUUGAAAAUGCUAUAGAUAUUAAAUGCUAAUUAUUAUUGAGUUUUAUAAGAUUUUUUUAAAUAUAUUAUAACCAUAA